GAAAAAGCGCUGAACUUGUCUUUUGAAGUGUCCGUCAGUUGCGAUACUUCUGACGAAAAAUGCAAAACAUUUUCUCCAAUCGCCUCAACUGUCGUCCGAUUUUCACCGCAAGACUCGCGCUUCCGGUUCAACACAUCGGCCACUAAUGCCGGACACGACGUCGUCAUCGCCCGUAUUGUCCGCAACGACACUCACAUCGACGACUCCGAGGCCUACGUGCGGGUACGGGUGGGCCACUCGCAGGUGUGGUCAGUGUUGGCUGAUGUUGUCGGUUGGGUAUACUUCGUCAUAUGGUCGGCCAGCUUUUGGCCGCAAAACAUCCAGAACUACCGGCGCAAGUCAGUGGUGGGUCUGAACCAGGACUUCGCCGCUCUCAAUGUCUCCGGAUUCCUCUUCUACUCCAUCUUCAACUCCGGUCUCUAUUUCUCAGCCAAAGUCCAGUCCCUCUACGAGGAGGCAUUCCCGCGAUCAGAGAUUCCCAUUUUGCUCAAUGAUGUCGUGUACGCCUAUCACGCGGCCUUUGCGACCGCAAUCACUCUCAUCCAGUGUUACAUCUAUGAGAGGGGCGGACAGACUAUGUCUUGGUUAGGGAAGCUGUACUUAGCUGUCACGUGGACUGCGGCCGGUAUCCAACUGGUGUUGAGUUGGACGGGUGUCAUGUCAUGGCUCACGUAUCUCUACUAUUUCUCUUAUGUCAAACUCAGCGUCACUUUAAUUAAAUACGCCCCACAGGCGUGGUCCAACUAUAAGCGUAAGUCAACGAGUGGAUGGUCCAUAUAUAUGAUCUAUAUGGACAUCUCGGGCGGUGUCAACGGACUCUUGCAGAUGAUAUUCAUUGCCUACAACUUCGACGACUGGAAGACUAUUUUUGGUAAUCUCCCCAAAUUUGGUCUCUCUGUGGCCUCCAUUGCAUACGACAUCCUAUUCCUCCUCCAAGAGUUUGUCUUUUACCGCAACAAAGACCCCAGUCUUCAGCCCAUGAAUCAAGAGAAACGCUUAUCGAGAAGUGAAAGUGAAAGCAAACAGAGUUGA